GAAGAAUCUGUCUACGUAUAAUUACCGCGUCUGCAGUGCUCAAGCAGCUUUAAAAAUAAAAACUGAAGCAUAUUUCUUACUAGAUCCGUCAGACAUUAUCAGUCACAUAAUUUGUCAAACCGCGUGUCAAUGUUCUCAUUGUUUACUAGGCUAAUUAAUAAUCAACUACUGAUUUUUAAGAGUAGCUGUGGACUUUCUCUGCCUUCCGCCACAGGGUGUUAAGUGUCGCAGUUGGUUUGAGGCUGCUCGCAGCUCCGUCAGAGAAGACCUGAGCAGCUUGACGGAGUCGUGCGUAAACAAUGGACAGUGAAAUCCAACGAGAUGGGAGAGUCCUGGACCUCACAGAUGAUGCCUGGAGGGAAGACAGACUGCCGUACGAAGAUGUCACCAUUCCUCUGAGUGAACUGCCCGAGGCAGAGCAGGACAACGGAGGGUCCACUGAGUCUGUGAAAGAACAAGAGAUGAAGUGGACAGACCUCGCCCUGCAGAGCCUGCACGAAAACACACCGAGCUCUGGAAGCUGAGACACAACAGUUGAAUCCGACUGGAUGACAAAAACACCCAUGCACACGGACAUUGGAUUCUGACACAUGUAAUUCAUCAUCCUCUCACCUCUUAUUGUGUCUUUUGAAGAAUUUCCAACAUGUUUGAGCAAAGCAGAAAUGAUGCCAAAAAUGCUUUCGGCAUUAGCCUUGGUUCAUUUUCUAGUCUUGAUAAAAAUGUAAACGAACAACUUUGUCAUAUGACACGUUGUUGAGACAAACCACUUUUAUCUUGACUGUGUUGAUUCUUGUACAGGAAUCAGUCCUUUCAUGCUUUCAUGUGUUAAUAAUAACACUUCUGCAUCUUAAACUUUUUUCAUUUUGAGUUAAAAAGAACAAGUCAGGGGGACGAUGGACACACAAAGACAUUUUGCGUGUCUGUACUAGGAUCUGUGUCAGUGUUUUCUUUGUUUAUUAGAAUAAAAGAUCUGUCAACUUUCUGUCAA